GUCGGCAGAUUGGGGGUUGACAGAUCAUGAUGGGUCGGUGGAUUGAGGGUUGGUGGAUGGAAGGUAGGCAGAUCGAGAGCUGGCAGAUUGGGGGUCGUUCGGCGGAUUGAGGGUCGACGGAUGCAGCAAAUCGUGGCACUUUUCGAUCCUAAGCACCGAGGGCGGGCGCUAUCAUCAUCGGUUCGAUUUUUGCCCUGACACACUGCAUAGAUAUGGUCAUUUCGAUGUGGUCUACUUUGUUUGCCUCUAUUUUUCUCCCUGCCUCCCUCAUACUAUUUUGCAUGUGCGACCGUCCUGGCAUAGUGGGGUAGGGAGGGAGGGAGGGAGGGGGGGAGGGGAUGCAGAUCUUCUCCAUAUGAGUCCUGCUUGCAUGCACCGGUACCCAAGAAGCCCUGCACCCGAGCAUGCGAUAUUGUGGACCUCGUAACGGUAAAGAGACUCUGCAUUCCAGUUGUCAGUAUUGGGUAAAAAAAGUUUGGCAGGGCCGCAGGCAUUAAUUUUCACCUAUUUUCGGGGGUUUUGAGCUUCAGCUAUCUCGUAGUGAGGAAGAUCCUUCUAGUAGUAGAGUUAAUACAGUUCUGAUGCUUUGAUGAAUCUCCUGUACGACCCGCCUCCUUCAUACUUGGGUUCUUCAUCUCCGUGUUUCCUGCCGGCACAGCUCGAUCCGGACAGGCAAGAGUACCUGCCUCCUUUGCACUUCGGUUUUUCGUCUCUCUCCCGGUUCCCUGCCUUAAUCACCUGUAUCCGCUGACAGACCAAGAGUGCUUUAUCGCCUGUUCAGACUUGAAAUGAUCCCAUCUUCGCGUACUCUAUCGUCCUGUUCAGACUUUACAAGAAAUGAGUACAUCAAGAGGCAAACAAAGUAGACCACAUCGAUUCAUCAUCAUUAGCUCAUGUGUUGUCACUGUGCUCCCCAUCACCGUGUUUCCUUCCAUAAUCGGCUCCAUCCCCUGACAAGAAAUGAGUACAUUACCGUCGCGAUCCCUCUUGUAAUGAUCCCGUCUCCUUCUCUCUGGGUCUUUACAGUAUGCAGUUCGGUUUCGUUUCUGUCACACUGAUCAUCAUUCAUCAUUCGCUCAUUUUUUGUCGGUGUGCUCCCUUCCCGUGUUGCGCAUUGAGGUGUUCCUCUCAUCCGCUUGACCCGUUGAAGAUCUGGUGGCGUCCGGAGAGCAGCAACCUGCUUGGGUCAUGUGAGGCAAGGGGACUUGAGAGAGUGUUUUUGGCCGCAGCGAGCAGUUGUUGCUGUGGCGCGUUGUGUUGCGUUCCUUUUUCAGUUUGCCUAACUUUGCCAUGAUGUCGUCUGUGGAUCUCUCCUUCUCCCGAGAAGAUUGGGUCUAUCAUCACCCUUGCGAGUCUGUGGAAGGCACUGUUGUUGUGAAUGCUACUGCACCAGCUUUUAUUCACUUGGGCUUAUCUCUAUCCGUGUCUGGUGGCGUGGUGGUCCAAUUGUUUGGCAAGGGAGUCGGUGUGUUGGGGGGUUUGUUCCGGCGGAGGAUCAAAGUCUGUGCCCGUAUUUGAGAGGAAGCUAGAGCUGAGCCAUCCAGGGAAACUUACGGAAGGGAACUCUGAGAUUCAGUUCAAGAUUCACCUUCAGUUGGUCCCUUGCCUGGACCUGGUCGACCUGCAAACACGAGCUCUGUGCCCUCCUCCUCUGCUGGCGGAGGGCUCACGGGUCCUAUCUUGCUCCCUAUGUUCCGUGGCGUCUAUGUGAACAUUCAAUACCUAAUCACUGUGGAGAUUCACAGAAGCUUCCUGGAAAGAACACGUAUCACAUGUGUCGCCGAGUUUAUCGUCGAAGCGGAGCGAGAACUGGUGCCGGUACCGCGGCCGCUGUUGGCGGCGGAGCCCAUAAACUUCAUCAUUACUCCUGACACUCACAACCACCCACUGGAUCUGACGGUGGAGAGGUCCUCACUUCCGUUCCCGUCUAUCGAGGUGCAAUUGAUGCGGGUGGAGUCGGUGCAGUUUAACGGCCAAACUCUGAGGGAAGUCUCUGCGAUUCAGACCACUGAGGUGGUGGUCGGUGAUGUCUGUUGCCGUAUGGCAGACCCCACCUACGUGAUUCUACCACGGCUAACGGUCUGUCCGAUGAUAGUGACUCAUGCCUUUUUCGCUAUCGAGUUCGAAGUCAACGUUGUCCUCAUGUUCGAUUUGAUGAAGCUCAUACAGACGGUGAUGUUGCAUAGUAAACGUAAGCAGCCACAGUACAGUGCCGUCAUCAAGGAAACCCUCCCACUCAGAGAGUAGUUGCAGCCUGACUAAUAAUAUCUCCUCCUUGCGGACGGACUCCACGAUGUGUCCGUAGUAGCCAAGGUGCACAUCUGCAGCAGCAGAGGUUCGUCCACGGCGUGUUCUUGUUGCGUGACUCAUUUUCCUCAGAACAUUCUCUUUUCUCGAUGGUCAAUCCUUUGCUGCAAUUGUCUUGUGUGGGAUCAGAUAUUAAACUGAUAAGUCCAGAACCAGCAGAUACUAUAGACGUGAUCUAUUUUUAGCCAAAAGGCCAACAAAGGUAUUAUACCUCCCUGUCUCAUUUUCCUGAUAACAUGCCUUCCCCUCCCCCCCUCCCCCCUCCCUUCUCCCCCUUCCCCUCCUCAGAACACUCUCAUUUUUUCAAUGCCUCAUUUUUUAGCUAUUGCUGCAUUAAAAUCUCACUCCCUCAUUCUUUUGGUCACAACAUUCUCUGCAGGUGGAUUUAUUGAGCAUAUGCUGAGAGGCUUGUGCUUGGGAGUAAAAGGACCAGGGGGACUGGUGGGUGACUUCAAAAACUCGCACUAGGACUUCCUGUUGACGCAUCUGACCGUCCUUGUAGGUGGGGUUCAGUUGAGAAGGUCGUAAGUGUGAACAGGUCCUGAGAGGGAUGGCAUUGCCGUUGUGUGCUAAAGAUUCUUUUCCCUCUCGUGAACCAAUUGUUAGUUGCUUGCACAUAGUAAUCAGCCGUCCUUUGGGACAUCCGUUAAAAUUGGAACGAUACAGAGAAGAUUAGCAUGGCCCCUGCGAAUGGAUGACACAUAGUAAUCAGCCUUGAGCCCACUUUUUUGUUUUUUUUGUUUUCCCUCCUCUUCAUUUAUAUGUUUGGCCCUUUGGAUUUCAAUCUAUAGGUGACAUGGUUGAGCCACGAAAGAUGGAAAUACAAAAAACAAAAGAAGAAGAAGAAGAAGAAGAUGGAAAUAUGCAGCAGAUGGGGGGUUUCUGGGGUGGGUCGUGCCACCCUGUAACCUAGGAGUUGGGGCCAUGAGGCCUGGUAGAGAUUGGGCAUCGGGAUAUAGGGGUGAGGCAGGUAGGGUUGGGCUGCGGAAAGGCCCUAAUGCAGGUGGUUCUUUUGUUCUGAAUGAUCCUUUGAUCCGAGCUUUGGAGGAUAGAGACUUUUAGUGUUCUUGUGCACAGUUGCUUUUCUUAGCCGAAGCCAGGUAGUGGCCCCGGUACCUCGAAGAACUUUCCCAUAAAUUUCUCAAUUUCUCAAUAUGAUCUUGAAUGGGACGCUGGGCCCGGUUCCCAGCACGUGCUGCUCCCCACAAAUAGAUUGGAGCAUGUUCCAUUUAAAAAAAAAAAAACAACGGUCGGUUUAGCAUGGGUAGCCGCACGCUAAGCACGGAUGUGGCUGCUACGGGGUUCCCCGUAAUAUAAUACUAUAAUGACAAUAAACAAAGGCCUGAAAG